AAUCAUUUCAGCUACAUAACUAGCUUCGACGUAGUAUAUGCUACUGGCAUACCAGGGUAGUCGUCACAGCAAGUCUAAAUAGUCACGCGUAAAGGCCAGAAUAGCGAUACACUUGAUAACGUCUACUGUUGUUGUCAUAGGAAGAUUGUCUGCAAGACCGGCAACUUGGAAACGGGUGUUGCUAGCGUUUAGCGUAUGACUCUUACUGAAGACUCCAGUACUACCUAUGUACGUAGAUAUACGUAUCAUUCGACAAGUGUUUGGUAUAACAACGCCGACGCAAGACAAUGGCAAGUAGGUUCCCGGCAUUGACAGUCCUGUCGGCCAUGAUUGACUCUUGUUACCUCAACAAACACAAAUAAGAACAAUGUACAAACAUAAAAGUAUGAAAGAAACCAGCACGCAGGCUCAUUCUGAUAAGAAAAGAAGAGCAAAAGAGCGACUGCUUUUGAAGAUGCAGGGACGCAAUGCAGCAGAGAAAGCCCCUGGAAUUGGUGUUAUGCUACCAGGCAAAGUGAGAAGGUCUCGUAAAUAUGAACCUCGAUACGAAUUUUCGGAAUCUGUACCGGACCUGGAGCAUAGUGAUGAGCUUCUAAUUGAUACGAGCUCUCCAGUUAAGGAACGGAUUCAUGGUGGCAUUGACGGUCAUUCCACUAGGACGUCCAUGACUAACAUGCAUGGGCACCGACCACGCAAAAGGAGUCAACUCGCUGACAUGAUUCCUAUGCAGAGUCUUAUCGAUAAAAUUAUUGCCAGGCGCCAAAUUACAGAUAGGUAUUUGGACGAUCGGUAUAGACGUUAUAGAGGGCGUCCUUCGGAGGAAGACAAAACUCCGAUGAUGAUCCGGAGUUAUAGGCAACCAGAACCGCCUUUUGCGAUUCAAAAUAACCCACGGGUAAGAAAGUUUGUUUUCAUAUCACCGAGGAGAGAUCGUGACCGUAUUAUCACCGGGCCAACAUCCAGCAUUGUUGUCAUCGAAAAACCGUCGCCUCUUCCUCUACUAGAAAGAGAUGAGGAUAAAAUGCGGCAGCAAAAAUGGAACAAUCGAACCCAGGAAUUGGAUGUUAAAACGUGGAAACCAAACUUGGAGUAUUUACAUCGACAUCAUGUUCAUCCUGCCGCCGACCGCGAAGACAGGCAUGUUAGAAACUAUAAACUCGAAAGACAAUUAGGCAUGAAAAUGGAAGGGCAGGGAAUGUACAGCGAUUCACACUUAACGACUCAGGCCAGGGUCUUACCACCGAUCCGAAUACCAUGCCAGCCUAUCUUCGGAGACAGGAACCAUGAAAAGCGAGGGGAAUUGACGGAGUCUCGAAAAAGUACAUGUAGCUCUGCAAGGUCGUCGAAAAGAAACAUUACACUCGGGGACAUUGAUGUGGUGGAGAAAGAGAAUGCACAUCGCAAUGAGCAGUCCGAGAGCAGAACUGACCAACAGAUUGAAUACACUAAGAGCGGAGAGACGUCGCGGGCGAACGAGGACUUGAUUCUCGAAAUAAAAGGUGAGGAAAUCAAGAAAAACGAUACAAAGGAAAAGCUUAACAGUAGUGGCGACGAGUCGAAAUCAAUCGAGCAUCACAAAAUGGAGGUACGGAUCCCGAUGGGUGUGCCACGCGUACCAACAAAUACACCUGACCUUCCUGGUGAAGAAUACGAUGACGAGGAGGAGGAGGGAGACGACAUCAAUAGAAUGGAAACAGCUAACCGACCGAAAUGUGUGACAGAAUCAGAAAAAGUAGACAAUAAUACAGAAGUUGAUAACAAUAUCACAAUUAGCGUCAUAACAGUUGUCCCGUUCGACAACGCUAAUGUGGUUAAAACUUCGUCAGAUUCGAAUAACAACUCAGAUAGCAAACCAACUGUCAGUGAUAGGCCACCCAACGAGUCAGAACUAGGCGUCCCCACCAUAACAAUGACAUGUGCAACUCCCAUUCCUGGUACAAUUUCACGGACAAAUACACCAGCUCCUCCAGUUUCACCACAACGUGACUAA